AUGGAGGUCUCCAUGGGGUCGGGUCGCCUUCACCCGAUAAGCCAUGGCUCUGGUACCGCCGGAAACCGGAAACCUCUUCAUACAUCAUUGCACAACCAGAUACUCAGCACGGACGACUUAGGCGAUGUUCAGAUACUGAAUAUAACUAGCAGUCAUGGUUGUGUAGACGCUCUACAACCUACCAAUAUCACCUGUCCGUGCGAGGAGAAACACCAGCACCGUCAUCUGGCCAUAGAGGUUCCUAGCUUAGACCGAGUUCUGUCCAAAUCACGCCAUAGGCACAAACACAAGCAUAGCAAAUCCAUCGAUAGUCGCUUACCCCGGAAAAAGAGUCAACUUGUGACAUCGACUACCGCCAGAGGUCUGCUGCCGACGUGGCCCGUUAUGAAAGACAAGGAGAACGAUGGGGAGACUGGUCUCCUCCGACCGAUCACGCAUCAAACGAUACGGUCGCGUUGGCGGUCAGAGUCCACCACAGGCUUGAAUGACGGAAGCCGAAGGGGGAGCUUGCUCGAGGGACUGGAUACAAACACUAAGCUUGGUCCGAUCGCACGUCAAGAAAUUCAGUUGAUGGGAGAUCUGGAGCAAGUGAGAAGUAGACGGAAAUACGGGGAGGAGUAUCUAAGGUCCGCUUUGUCGCUCAUCGGAACACUUGCUACAGACAUUACACGCAGGUUGGAUUAUACAUACUAUAACCUUCUGGAGAAGGUGGCAGCUUUGAAUGCGACACUGUCAUCCUUCCAGGAGCUAUUAAGCUCUACAUCAAGUCUCUUUGCCGACUUUGAGCGAGAAACAUCGAGUCUGGACCAGGAAAUCCGGAAACAGAUCGGAGAGCUCAAAGAGUUCCAGCCGCAGUUCAAUAGAAUAGAAGCUUUGGAAUCUCGCAUGAAGCUAGGGCGAGUGAAAGCGCAGGAACUCAAUGAUCGACUUGAAACAAUGAGGGAUGAGAUUGAUCGCUGGGAGAAGAAAGAAAUGGAUUGGCAGGAUCGCGUGAAUCGACGGCUCCGCAUGUUCUGGGCCUUGGUGGCAGCAGGUGUAUUUGCAAUGCUCCUGGUCAUUGCCAUUCAAAACAAGAAUACAAUACUAUCUCCAGCUCCUCCUAGCAGCAUGAAUUCGGCCACGGCAGUCGUGGGACAUAGUGCUCGGCACGAUGACAACCACAAACCAAAGGGGCGAAAUAGUCACACGUGGAUCAAACAACCAACCCAGACUACUUUGCCGCAGGAAUCCGGUAAUUCGAAGCCUACAAACGACGACCCGUUGAUUUUCCUUGAUGAGCUAUAAGAAUGUCCUGUGUGUACACUAUCGGAACCUCGAAUCCGUUGCGUUUCUAUUGGAUUUUGCAUGCAUGAAGACAUGAUACUCAUUUGCAUCCAAGCAUUUGAUUUAGAACAUUAAGCGUUCAACUUGCCAUUAUAUAUAAGAUCAUCGAGACAG